AUGUCGGUGCCGCAGGCCGUGCUGGCUCGGCUCGCGAGCUUUUCGUCGUGCGAGGUGGCCGAUGCGCUCAUCAAGCUCAAGCUUCCGCAUGGCGGCUACUUGCCUGGCAUCGAGAUGUACUCGCCGGAGCCUAGCCGCGGCGGGGCGUCCGUCUGCGGUCCCGCGUUCACGGUCAAGAUGGUACCGCAGAGCGACGAGGGCGCGCCGCGGCCCGCGAAGCACUUUGUGGACGCGGCGGAGCCCGGCUCGGUGAUGCUCGUGUCGGCGCCGCCGCACACGCGCUCGGCCGUGUGGGGCGGGCUGAUGACGGCGCGCGCGCAGAGCCUUGGCGUGCGGGGCGUCGUGAUCGAUGGCCGGUGCCGCGACCUGGGCGAGCACCGCGAGAGCGCAUUUCCCGUGUUUGCGCGUGGCCACUCGGUCCUCGGCCAGUCGCCGUUCACGCGCCCGAGCGAGCUGCAGGUCCCGCUCGAGAUUGCCGACCCGACGGUGCUGCGUGGCGCGGACGGGGCGCCGCUCUUUCCGCCGGUCACGGUGCACCCGGGCGACGUGCUGCUCGCCGACGUGGACGGCGUCGUGAGUGUGCCGGCCGCCGUCGCCGAGCGGGUCGUCGAGCUCGCGACCGAGGGCCGGCGCGUCGACGGUCUGUGCAUGGCGGACCUGCGGGCCGGCCGCGGCGUCAAGGAGACGUUUGCGCUACACCGCGGCAAGUAG